AAAACCAGACUCUCACAUACUCUCACUUUCCCUAUUUCCCCUCUCUCUCUCUCUCUCCAAAUCACCACACUACAACCCCCCCCCCCCCCCCCACCCAAAUCCAAUGGUAGAAGCCCAGUCCUGGACCACUCGCCGGAGCAGCAACCCGAGGCUCGAAACCUCCGUCGACAUCCCCUCCACCCCCACCGGCGAACACCGUUACGGCCCCACCAACAACUUCUUCAACCCAUCCUUCAUCUCUCCGACAAUCAUAACCGCUCUCAUUAUCGCAUCAUGGUACUUCUCAAACAUCGGUGUCCUCCUCCUCAACAAAUACCUCCUGAGCUUCUACGGUUACAAGUACCCAAUCUUCCUCACCAUGCUUCAUAUGCUAGCCUGCUCUUUCUACAGCUUACUAGCAAUCCGCUGGUUCCAAGUUGUUCCAUUCCAACAAAUAUUGUCACGGAGACAGUUUUUCAAAAUACUCGCGUUAUCAGGUAUAUUUUGUUUCUCAGUAGUGUGUGGGAACACUUCUUUAAGAUAUUUACCAGUUUCUUUUAACCAAGCAAUUGGCGCAACGACGCCGUUUUUCACUGCAAUCUUUUCCUUUGUUAUCACUUGUAAAAAGGAAUCUGCUGAGGUGUACUUAGCGUUAAUGCCUGUAGUGUUCGGUAUCGUGUUAGCGAGUAAUAGCGAACCCUUGUUUCAUUUAUUCGGGUUUCUGAUGUGUGUGGGAUCUACGGCGGGUAGAGCGUUGAAAUCGGUUGUGCAAGGGCUGUUGUUAAGUUCGGAAUCGGAGAAACUACAUUCGAUGAACUUGUUAUUGUAUAUGGCUCCAAUGGCAGCUAUGAUAUUGCUACCGUUUAGUUUGUAUAUAGAGGGGAAUGUGUUGUCAGUGACGCUCGAGAAAGCGAAGAGCGAUUCGUUUAUGAUACUGUUGUUGGUUGGAAAUGCGACUGUUGCGUAUUUGGUUAACCUGACAAACUUUUUGGUUACCAAGCAUACUAGUGCGUUGACGCUGCAGGUGCUUGGUAAUGCCAAGGCUGCAGUUGCAGCGGUUGUUUCAGUGUUGAUUUUUAAGAAUCCGGUGACGGUUAUGGGGAUUUCGGGGUUUGCUGUAACGAUAAUGGGAGUUGUGCUUUACAGUGAGGCGAGGAGGCGGUUGAAAGGUACAGCUCAUUGACAGCUAAAAAGAAAUCACACGGUCGGAAUCCUAUGUUACUUUGUUCUUCAUUGUGAUUCCUUUGUGAUUUGAAUUUGUUUAGAAAAUGUUAAGUAUAAGUUUAAAGAGAAAUUGGGAUAAGAAAAAUUAAACAACAUAAUAAGAUUUCAUGGAUCUGAUUGGAUCAUAAGAUACAAUCAAUUGGGUUGGGUGGGUUUCUGAUUCUUUUUCAAUUUAUGCUUUAUUUGCAUAGUUGUUCUUGAUCCUGUUUGUAAUACAAAUUACAUGAAAACUUGUUCAAAUUAUAUAAUUUUGUUGUCAAUUGUCAUCUGAUUUUAAA